AUGGCGACUUUAACGUCCAUAGACGCCGUGAGAAGGAAAAUUCAGACCCUGCAGCAAGUGGCGUAUGAGGCGGAGGGCCAGGCCGAGCUGUUCCAGAGGGAGGCGGACGAGGAGAGGCAGGCCAGGCAGAGGGUAGCACUAACCUGUAGCUACGGGGAAAGGGAACCAGGAACCGGGAGAAGGGCUGAGGCAGAGGUGGCAUCUCUCAACAGGCGUAUCCAGCUCGUGGAGGAGGAAUUGGACAGAGCUCAAGAGAGACUAGCAACUGCUCUCCAGAAGUUGGAAGAAGCUGAGAAAGCUGCAGAUGAAAGCGAGAGAGGAAUGAAGGUCAUAGAGAAUAGAGCAACAAAGGAUGAAGAGAAAAUGGAGAUCCAGGAGAUGCAGCUGAAGGAGGCAAAACACAUUGCUGAGGAGGCUGACCGCAAAUAUGAAGAGGUUGCUCGUAAACUGGUGAUUCUGGAGGGGGACCUGGAACGCUCAGAGGAGCGGGCUGAGGUAGCUGAGGCGCGUGUGAGGGAGCUUGAGGAGGAACUAAGACUAAUGGACCAGAAUUUGAAGUCCAUGAUGUGCGGAGAAGAGGAGGUACUGGACGUGGAACCUUCCUAA